UUAGGACCGACUCGGAGUAUGCGACUCAGAGGAAACUCAUUGCUGGUUCUACUCCUAAUCGAGCUCGGCGGAAUAGAUCACCCGGAGUUCGACUCAUCCAUGGCCGAAUCUACGAUUCUCAAAAUGGAAAGAGCUGUCACCAAGUUAAUUUCCUUUUUUAAGCUCAUUUUCACAGUGUUGUCUACUAAAGCCGUCGUUUAAAUUGCUUCUUAGUCUGUUUGGUUCUUGAGAAAAUGGUGGAAAAGAGUUCAAAUGAUGAGAAUGUGAUUCGUCGUUAUUAGCACCAAGUAGAUUUUCACAUUUUCAACCAAAUCACCAUGGGAAUUUUUUUUUUUAAAUUCCAUAUUCUUUUUAAUUUUUUAUUUUCAGAAUUAUGUUUGGUUGUGAGAAUCCAAACGAUGAAAAACUGUUGAAUUUCCAUUACUUUUCCUGGCAAAAUCCAAUUCCUAUUUUUCAACUGAACAUGUAGUGGGUGAGUGUGCCCGUGUUUUCCAUUUCUUUGGUUGAAGUAGAAGAAUCUACAUAUUUCAAAACUGAGAUUUUUUUUGCCGGCCUGUUCCUGAGUUCUAUCUGCAAUGUGGCAGUGCCGGCAGAAAACAAUGGAUUUUGCGGUAUCAUGCAAGAGAAAGACUGAGGAGAAGCCAUGCCCUUUCUAUUUUUGUUAUAAAUGCCUCUUGAACAGUUCCUAAUCAGAUACGGAGAAAACGCUGAAACUGUCGCUGCUCUAAAUGAUUGGAUAUGUCCAAGAUGCAGAGGAAUCUGUAAUUGUAGUUUCUGCAUGAAAAAACGAGGUAGCAUGCCUACUGGUAGGUUUGUGCAUGUGGCAAAGGCAAAUGGGUUUUCUUCAGUGUCGGAUAUGCUUCAUCUUCAUUCUGAAGAGACGGGGAUUGCAGGGACCGAUCCUGAGAAGCAAGAAGCUUCAAAGAAGGAGUCAGUUACAGACCUGGCUGAGAGAGAACUAGAACAGAAGAAUUGGAUGUCAGAAACAAAGCCUUUGAAGACUAAGGGAAAAAGGGUAGGAACUAGAAGCAAUGAGUUGAGUGUAUCAGGAAUCAGCAAUUCUGGUGAAAACAAAUCUACAGGAAAUAAAGAUGAUUUAUUUUCCGAGAAUAGUUCCUUGAAGCAUGACAUUUCCAAAAUGUCAUGGGAGGAAAAGGAAGAGGUUUACACACAGGAUGAUGGUACCCAACUAGUUAAGAUGGGUACUGAUUUGAAGAUAGUUAAGAGGAACUCUGCAGAGUCUGUUGAGAAUGAACAUAGUCAAGUUGAAUUCACAAAUAUAGAUGAUGAUGAUGAUGUCAUUGAAAUUAUAGAUACUGAUGAUGACACAAUGAAGCAUAAGCGAGCUAAAGUGUCCAACCACUAUAAGAAGAAGAAGAACAUGGUCAAAGUCAAACAAAGAGCUGCUAACAUUAAUACUCCACUGCCUCAAGGCAUUAUAUUAAAGAAGGCAGCUCUCACUGGCUUACCUCCUGAAGAUGUCAGUCAUGCCUCGAGGUUCCUAGAAUUUUGUGAAGCUGUUGCACAGGAGCCUGAGGCAGCUCUGACUGGGAAGUGCGUGAAAGAAAAUUCUCUUGAAAGACAAAAUGAUCUGAAGAUGCAAGAUAAGCCUUUGAAGAUGAACGGAAAAGAGAUAAAGAUUACAAAUAAUAAGCUGAAAAGAUUAGGAUGCAACAGAGAAGAUGAAAACAGGUCUAGAGGGAAUGGAGCUGAUUCCUUCUCUCUGAGUAAUAGUCCUUUGAAGUUUCAGAUUCCUGAAGUGGUGUCUGAGGAAAAAGAAAAGGUUUGUACAAGGAAUGAGAGUGGACAGUCAGUUAAGAUGAACACUGACUUGAAGAUACUUGAAAGGAGUUCAGGGAAGUCCAUCAAGAAUGGCUUUGGGGAAAAUGAAAUGGCGAACAGUGUAGAUGUUGAUCAUGCUGUGACCAGGUGUAAGCAAGUUGAGGAGUCUCACUAUUAUAAGAUAAAGAGCAUUUGCAAAUUCAAGAGCAAAGUUUCUGAUAUUGAUAUCCCUCGACCUGAGGGCAUUCUCUUAAAAAGUGUAGCUUCCAUUGACCUGUGCCCAGAGGAUGUUGGUCACGCUUUGCAAUUCCUAGAAUUUUGUGAAGCUUUUGGACAGGUUCUCAAUCUGAAUAAAGGGCAGCCUGAACUGUUACUGCAAGAGUUGGCUGAUGGACAAAGUAUACAGCAGUCACAUUCUGCCAUUGUUCAAUUUCACAUCCAGUUGCUUUCUGUAAUAUUGAAGAACUCUGGAAAAGAAUUUUCUUGCUUAAACCAGUUAGAUGAUAAUUCUUGGUUGCAAGCUCUAGUUAAAUACCUCUCUGAAUCCCAGCAUCCUUUAAAGGAAUUGCAAUUGGAUUGUUUUGAUGUGGGUGGUGAUGGAUAUGAUCACUUAGAUUCCUCGAAAAAGCUUAGACUCUUGAAUUUCCUAUGUGAUGAAGCUCUUGGCACAAAGGAUUUUAGGAAUUGGAUUGAUGAACAAUGCUCAAAAUUUGUUCAAAGAGAGAAGGAAGAAGAAAAAGUUAUUGCUGAAAAGGAAAAGGUGAGAAGCAUGAAGAAAAAGCUGCAGAAUGAGAUAGCAAAAGCUGUCCUCAUGAAAAAUGUUGUUCCUCUGUCCAUUGCGGAGCAUGAGGAUCUUCUCUUAAAAAUAAAAUUGGAAGUAGCUAAAGCACUUGAAGUAGUUCAAACUCUUGCAGGCACACUAGAACCAACAAAUGCAGUGCUUCAAAAGGAGCAUCGAUCUGAUGCUGUUAGAUCUGAGCCCAUACUUUUUGAUGGACAUGGUGGCAAAUUCUGGAGAUUGAAGGGCUAUACUAGUGAAAUGGAUAUUCUGCUCCAAGAUCUUGAAGAGGGGGAUUUUUUAAUAUCUAAGGAAAGAUGGUAUGCCUAUGACAUUGGGCAGAAGGCUGCAGUUGAGAAUUAUAUGUCAUCUUUCAGGAAGCAAAGAAAAUAAGCAAGAAAUCUAUUCCUCCACGGCUCAACUAUUGUAAUUAUUGUAAUUAGCACUCUCUUCUGUGAAAAGUUCCGUUCUUGUUUUUCAGCUGUGAAUCUAACUAUGUAUAUGUUUGGCAGGGAAGUUAUCAUCUUGUUUUUCAGCUACUAGACUUCUUGUCCACUUUUGGCUACCUAAAGAUAAAAUGUGAAUAUGUAAAUGAAUAUAA